ACCCAGGCGCCCAGGAGAAGUAAUUCUUAAACCCUGGUGUUUCAAGGUCAGAUGUAGAUAGAUGCUGAAUUGACUACCCACCCAGCACAGCAUCUUACAGGAAAAGAAUAGCAUUUCCUAGAGGAAUAUGAGCGUAACAGGAAGGUGUCAUUGACUGAAUUAAAUUUUUAACCUGUCCCCUGAACAUCUACAGGAUUUGGAAGCUGAAUCAAUGUUAUCAGAUGAGUUAGAAUCCAAACCAGAGCUCCUGGUACAGUUUGUUCAGAAUACGUCCAUCCCAUUGGGACAGGGGCUAGUAGAAUCAGAAGCUAAAGACAUUACUUGCUUGUCCCUCCUUCCAGUGACUGAGGCCCCAGAAUGCAGUCGGCUAAUGUUACCAGAUGAUACUCCAAGUCAUACAAACUCCUCCAAGGAGGUCCCUUCCUCAGCUGUGUUGAGAAGCCUUCAGGUGAAUGUGGGCCCAGACGGAGAGGAGACGAGGGCUCAGACUGUACAGAAGUCCCCGGAGUUUUUGUCCACUCCAGAGUCUCCUGGCUUGUUGCAAGAUCUCCAGCCGAGCGAUAGCACUUCUUUUAUUCUUCUUAACCUAACAAGAGCAGGUCUGGGCUCUUCAGCUGAGCACUUAGUAUUUGUACAAGAUGAGGCAGAGGAUUCAGGGAAUGAUUUCCUCUCCGGUGAGAGCGCAGACAGUAGCAUUCCAUGGUUCCUCCGGGUUCAGGAGUUGGCUCAUGAUAGUUUGAUUGCGGCUACUCGCGCGCAGCUGGCAAAGAAUGCAAAAACCAGCAGCAACGGAGAAAAUGUCCACCUCAGUUCUGGUGAUGGGCAGUCCAAAGAUUCUGGGCCCCUUCCUCAAGUGGAAAAGAAGCUCAAAUGUACAGUUGAAGGCUGUGACCGGACAUUUGUGUGGCCCGCUCACUUCAAGUACCAUCUCAAAACGCAUCGAAAUGACCGCUCUUUCAUCUGUCCUGCAGAAGGUUGUGGGAAAAGCUUCUAUGUGCUGCAGAGACUGAAGGUGCACAUGAGGACCCAUAAUGGGGAGAAGCCCUUUGUGUGCCCCGAGUCUAGCUGUGGUAAGCAGUUCACUACAGCUGGAAAUCUGAAGAACCACUUGCGCAUCCAUACAGGAGAGAAGCCUUUUCUGUGUGAAGCCCAAGGAUGUGGCCGUUCCUUUGCUGAGUAUUCUAGCCUGAGAAAACAUUUGGUGGUUCACUCAGGAGAGAAGCCUCAUCAGUGUCAAGUCUGUGGGAAGACCUUCUCUCAGAGUGGGAGUAGGAACGUGCACAUGAGAAAGCAUCACUUGCAGCUGGGAGCAGCUGGGAGUCAAGACCAGGAGCAAACCGCUGAGCCACUAAUGGGCAGUAGUUUGCUUGAAGAGGCUUCAAGAACCAGUAAAAACCUGGUGUCUAUGAACUCCCAGCCCAGCCUUGGUGGAGAGUCCUUGAACCUACCAAAUACCAAUUCUAUCCUAGGAGUUGAUGAUGAGGUGCUUGCUGAAGGAUCCCCGCGUCCCCUGUCUUCAGUGCCUGAUGUGACACAUCACUUGGUGACCAUGCAGUCAGGGAGGCAAUCCUAUGAGGUUUCUGUGUUAACUGCUGUAAAUCCACAGGAGUUACUAAACCAAGGAGAAUUAACUGAAAGCCGGACAUGAGCAUGGACACCGACUCCUGGAAGAGGAGCUCUGUCUGAUCCCAGAGUGCACAUAGUGGGAACAGGAUGCUUCUGGCUCGUGGUCUGCUAGAACUGAAUGAAUCUGUGAAGGACAGGACCCCGCUUCUGCCUCUGUUCACCUUCCCGGACAGAGAUGAUGAGUGUGGGAGCGCUUCUUUUCAAACCACAUCUGAUCCAGACAAGGACGAAAGCAGUGAAUGUGGGCUGGGUAACUGUACCUACCUCUCUUCCCACUAUGAAAUUUUGGGAUGGACUUCUCCCAAAAGGGAAUUUGAUUAUGUGUUGGCUGAAAUUUCUUCGGUAUGACUCUUAGAAGGGGAUUUUCCUUUGAAGAAUUUACAUCCCAGGCUCAGCUGUCUUUUCAUAUGGAUGAACUAAGUCCUGCCACCAACCACAAAACUUCACCAAGAAGUUGAGCUUUCAAGAUGCCUUGUUGCUUUCGAGAAGGGAGGGAUGUCAGUUCUGCUGUGGCAUUCUCCCUUUAGCAACCUGAGUAAGAGACUCUCUGCCCCUGGGCUGCAAAAAAAUAAAUUACUUGAAUCCCUACCUGGCCCGGGCUGAGGUACUAUCUUGUCAUAUCCACUUACUUGGUCACUUUGCUUUGUUUAUGGAAUAUACAGUAGCAUGUUGAAGGUUUUUUGUUUUUUGGUUUUUUUUUUUUUAAGUUAAAUACCACAUGAUUCACAGCUUCAGUUGUUUUCCCUUUAAAUAAACAAGAGAGCCCAGU